CCAAUAAAAGCGAACACAGGGAUGAUAAAGUUUAUUCACUCAAGGAUCUCCUAGAACAAAAUCCUGACUUGACAAGAUCUCUUGUAAACAUGCGUGAUUUUGAGGGAUUUACUCCUGUGGUAAGAGCAGUGCAAUGUUGCCGACUUGGCUUGGCUAGGCUUCUUAUUGAACAAUACCCUCAAUCUGUUGGGAUUCCUGACUACAAAGGUAGAACAAUUCUGCACCACAUGGGGGCUCAAGCUGUAGACCUUGUUGAUGACCUGCAAGAUAUAAUGCCGGUUUGGAAGGAUUUUUUUCAAUAUGGCGAAGUUGAUGAUCUUCGAAUUGCUCAAGAUGAAGAUGGGAACACGCCUUUACAUUACGCUAUUAGCAAUGACAAUUUUACUAAAGCCAAAUUUCUUAUGGGAGUCUGUCUUCUAUCAAAAAACCAAAGGGAAUUGGACAUUGUUAACAGUAACGGUCUCACCGUAUUUGAUCUAGUCGCAUCACGAGCCCAUAUUCCUUCCAUGAAGGAGCUGCAACCAUUGGUGAACAGAAGUCGUGUAAAAGAAACAGAAUUGAUAAAAGAAAUGAUGGAUGACGACCUCUACAUAGCAGCAAAAAAGGGUGACUUUGGAGAUUUAAUAGCAAAUACUACUGAGACUACUGAUGUAGAAAACAGGCCCCCGAGAGACGAUCAGUGGUUUUGCCGUCGAACACCAGGCGGAAGCAAUAUAAUUCAUGUAGUCCUUAGACACGCAAAUGGGAACGAUAAAGCUACCAAAUUUGUUACGACUGCUUUAAGCAAGUGGCCAAUUCUAAGCAUGCGACAGGAUAAUAACGGAGACACGCCUCUUCACCUGACUGCAAAGUGGAAGACGGGUGUGCCACUGAACUUAUUAGUAGACGCAUCAAAGGAGUUUCUAAGCAAGCUAGAUAAGGAGGAAAAAGCAUUUCAUGUUGCACCAUGGGCGGUUAAAAAUUACAAGGGCAGUUACCCAAUUCACGAGGCUUUACAAGCUGACAAUUUGGGCGCUGCUUGGGCUUUGCUUGAAUGUGAUAGGGAAGCCGCUGAUCGUGUUAAUGACUUGGGCGAGACUCCACUCCAUGCUUUCGCCAAAUAUGGCUUUUCUAUUGGUAAUUCUCUUGCUUAACAAUUGCUACUGUAUUAUUUUUCAUAAAUUGUUCAUACAUACUCUCACAUUUGCCUAAAAUUACACCGAAUUUUUGAUGAGAUGAGGUCAAUCUUUAACUAUAAUUGUUUAUUAAAACAAAAUUGUUGACAUCAUCCUUGUCCAAAAUCCACAACGGAGACCAUGAUAGGGAGAUAGAUGGUAAAAGAUAGGUUUUUUAAGUGCAUCUUUUGUUUUUAUUUAUUUCCAACACUUUAUAAUAACUAUGCCAACAACUUAAUAAUCCGUAUAAAACAACUUAUCCCCUUCAUCAGUGGCGGACCUGGGCUUGUGCCUGGUGGGUCAAGUGACUCACCAGGGCCCAAAAAAAAUUCUAAGUUUUCUUUUUUUUUUU